AUGUCUGACGGAUUGGUAUCACUGAUUACUAAGCAAUUGAUCUUUCAACAUCAUUUUCCGAUAGAUUUCAAUUUUGCCAAACUUCCAAACACAACAGAACCCAAUGCAACGGCACCAUCAGCAUCAGCACCAACACUAAGCAUUCCACACAACAAGCUAGUCUGUCGAAACAAUUCAGAAUUGUUCUUUGCACAGGGAAACCUUGUUCGAUGCUGUACUAUCAACCCAGUGACCUCAAAUUACAAGCUAUUGAAGACGCCACGUGCUGAUUUCGAAGUUGUGUCGUUGGAGAUUAAUGAAUCGGGUUCGUUUUUGGCCAUUGUUGGGGAUUCUAAAGUCGAUGUUGUUUCUCUCCCACCGGUGUUGAACACCAAGCAAAAGUCGGUCUACAUUGAGGCAAAGAAUUAUAGGAUUACCAAUGUUGGCAAGAUUCGGAAAGUGCUUUGGCAAUCGAUCGUUGCCAAUGAUUCAAUGUUGGUGAUUCUAAACGACAAGUCGGAGGUGUUUGGCUUUGAUUUGAAGAGAUCGGCAACUGUCCCUUUGGUCAAGAUCUCCUUUGAGGAAAAGGUCAACUCAAUUGCAUUUGGGUCGCGUAGCAAGAUCAAUGACGGGUUGAAGUUGUACGCGUCAACUGAUGACAAGAUUGUUAGUGUUGAUUUCUACAAUGAUUCUACAAAGAUUGCUGUGUCUGAAUCAGCUAUCGAUGUUGCAAUUAGUGACUCACAAAACACAAUUGAAAUUAUCAAGGAUAAAUUUCCUGAAAAGUCAGUAUUGCUCAGUCUGGCAAAGACACAAUUGGAGGUGUACGACUCUUUACGCCGUCAACUUCUGAACAAUUUGCGUGAGGUUAGAGGCUUGUACUCUGAUAAUCCGUAUGAGUUGUUUAUUGUUGAGCUCAGGGCGAAAGCACCCGAUUAUAAACCUAGAGAAGUGGCCCAAGUUGGGGCUGAUGACUUGGUGUCGUUUGGAGAUAAUGAACAGAUUGGACUCUUGGCGACAAUAAAAAACGAUACAAUCUCCUACUUUUCGAAUAUUUUAGGAUCUGGGUUGGUACAGUACGAGGAGCCAAAACUGGUCACUUAUGCCAAACCCAAAAAGGGUUUUGGAUUUGUUGACUCAUUUGAUGACGUGAAUGCUGAAAAGUUGUUUUGGCAACUGGACUUGAAUUUGUUGGAGUUUUUGCAAUCAGAAAAGUUGCCUUUCAAUGGAAGAGCCUAUUUGAGGAAUCUCAACGGCUAUGAUGACAAGUUUGUUGCUGUUUUUGAUGGCAGUUUGGUUGUUGUCAACUGUGGAUGGGUGAAGGAGCUUGUGAGUGAUUUGGAGAAUGAUAGUAUUGACUCUUUGGACAAGAUUAAACCAACGUACAACCUCCUCUCCUCAGGGAAGAAUCUUCAUGGGUUUGCACUUUUAACAAAGUUUGACCUGGAAGUGGGCAUUAUAGUACGUGAUGAUUUGGAAAUUGUGACUAUAAAUUCCGAAGUUGUCGCUGAGGAAGAAGAAAAGGAAGUAAAGGUGCCAUUGAGCAUCGAGGACAAGCCAGGUGUGCCAUCGCUAGCCAUUUCUGCGGAGCCUUUCGCUGAAAUUGAGUCGAGUCUCAAGGUGUUGGAAAGUUCAGUGACUUUGAAAAAUGAUCCCAAUACUAAACUUGAGCCAACCGUCGAGGUGCUUGAAAAGUUGAACAAGGAUUCACUAGAAACUAACCAAGCGGUGUUUGGGUAUACCGUUUACGCAAUCAAACUACAAUCGAGAACCCUUGCUCAAUUAAAAUCGCUAAAAUCGCAAGUUGAAACGUUGAAGAAAUUGGCCGAUGACACACCGUAUAAUAAUGAACUUGAUGAAAGGAUAAGCAAAGCCUUGCUGAAGCAAGAGGAGCUCGACUCGAGAAUAAAGCAUGUACAAGCAAAGAUUAAUGAUGAAAUGUACAAGGUCAAGAAUGUUCCUCUUUCAAAAGAGGAGAAGGAAUAUUUCAACGAGAUCAAUGAAUGGAACAAAACCACACUACAUCUUAUUGAACAAUUGAAGGAUAUUGGCAAUGGAGUGGAAGAAUGUAAAAAGAAUAACCCAGAGGAAAGUGAAGAUGAAAAGGACGUUUUGGAGCAUUUACAACUACAACAAAAAGUAAAGAAGUUGGUUACAUGGUUGAAGUUUCAAGGAUCAGAGAUAAAUGACUUGAUGGAGAAAGUUAGUAUCAAGGUUUAA